AUGACUCGCUCCUCCGUUUUGGCUGAUGCCUUGAACUCCAUAAACAACGCUGAAAAGACUGGUAAGCGCCAAGUGUUGAUAAGGCCUUCAUCGAAAGUUAUUAUCAAAUUUUUACAAGUUAUGCAAAAGCACGGCUACAUUGGCGAAUUCGAAUACAUUGAUGAUCACAGAUCAGGAAAAAUUGUCAUUCAGUUGACCGGUAGACUUAACAAGUGUGGUGUGAUCUCCCCAAGAUUCAAUGUUAAGAUUAAUGACAUUGAAAAGUGGACUGAAAACUUGCUACCUGCUAGACAGUUUGGUUACGUGAUUUUAACUACUUCUGCUGGUAUCAUGGACCAUGAAGAAGCUAGAAGAAAGCACGUCUCUGGUAAAAUUUUGGGUUUCGUGUAUUAG